AUAAAACAUGAAGAUACCGAGGAACAAACAGACCAGAUGAAAGUGACAGAGCAAAGACAAGGACUGAGUGAAGAGGAGGAGAAACACUGUGACUUAAAAACUCAAAGAGUAAAAGCCAAAAAGCUGCAGACCUGUGAUCAGCGUGGUAAAGAUUCAUCAAAUCUGAAAACACACAUGAAGGACCAUAUAAAUGAGAAACCUCUCUCGUGUUCUUUCCAUGGAAAGAGUCGCUCAUUGAUGGAAAAUUGUAAACAGCGCCAGGGAACUCAUAAUGAAGUGAAAGAACAUGUGUGUUUGGAUUGUGGGAAGAGCUUCACUAAAGUUAGCCGUUUGAAACUGCACAAAAGGAUUCACACUGGAGAAAAACCUCACAAGUGCUCAUAUUGUGACAAGAGUUUCACUCAGGCAGGAACCAUGAAAAUACAUGAGCGAGUUCACACUGGAGAGAAGCCGUAUCACUGUACUCAGUGUGGAAAGAGUUUCAGAUAUAGAAGUGAUCUCAAUUUUCAUCUGCUCAUUCACUCUGGAGAAAGACCAUUUACCUGUGAUCAGUGUGGUACAGAUUUUAAAUUAGCAAUACUUCUAAAAAACCACAUGAAAAUUCAUACAAAUGUGAGACCGUAUGCAUGUUCAUUUUGUGGAAAGUGUUUUGCUCGACUGGAUCAUUGUAAACGGCACCAGAAAAAACACAUCAGCAAGAAAGAUCAUGUGUGUUGCGAGUGUGGGAAGAGCUUUACUAGAGCUGAUAAUCUGCAACAGCACCAAAGAAUCCAUACUGGAGAGAAACCUUACAAGUGCUCACAUUGUGACAAGAGUUUCACUCAGUCUGGAAACCUGAAAGCACAUGAGCGAGUUCACACUGGAGAGAAGCCGUACUACUGCCCUCCCUGUGAGAAGAGUUUUAGAUUUUUAAAAGGCCUUGAAAGUCACAUGAAAAUAUGUACUAAUUUGUCACAGUGAGCAACAUUUUCAUGUUAGAACAGCCUAGUAAAUAGUGUGAGAUAAACAAAAUAUUGAGUUUCUCUCAAAAGCACAAAAACAUCUAGUUUAAUUUUGUGAAUUUUGACUUGUUCUUAGUCUGAUUAAGGAACUAUAGAGUGUAGGAUGUUAGAGCGAAUCAGACAGCUAUAAUGUGAGCAGAACUGAGCAAAAGCAGAAGAAUUCCAGGGGCCCCAAAGGCAACAUGGAUGACCUUGAGUCAGAUUUCCUGCCGCCAACAAGUCUGGAGCGACAUACCAGCUAUCUCCUUCACAGAAGAAGAUUGUUACAUUUAGGCGGAUAACUCAAGAUUAAUGGUGGAAGAGACGACACAUCCGACUCUCUUCCCCCCGAGGACAGAGAGCAAAACCUUUUGACCUUCCUCACAGAACAGGAUUCUUACUCUCAGAACCGCUUGCAGCAUGGCUGCCAUAACAUAUAAAAAAUGCAUAAGAUCAUCCAACUUAUAACCAAACAUCAUUCCAUUGCAUAAUGCCACAUUAUCUCUGUAACCCAAUCAUUUGACUAUCCUGUUUUAAUCACUCGUUGUUUAUGUGCAGUGCUUGAAGUGGGCAAAAAAGUGCCGGUACUCCCCCUACCCCCAUUCAAAAAUACAAAUAAAAUAGAAAUACAUUAUGGGUGCAAGUUUUUCAGUCUGGUUCUCAUGAGAGCACUUGGAGAUUUGGUUUGGUGCUCACACUGCACAUCAUGUGACCCAUUAAAUAGAACUA